UUUGGGAGUUAAAUUCGGCCUCGCUUGAUUGGUUACCAAAAUUCACUGUGACGUAACAAUAUUAGUUCUUUCUCACGCCGACUUGGAAUCUUGCUACUCGUGUGAAGCAAAUUUGAAUCAAUUUUCUGAUUUUAAAAAAGAUUUUCAUUCAGUCUUCUAGAAAAAUGGACCUUAUGCGAAAUUGCAUUUUUCUAGCUCUGAUUUCGAUGUUGAUGAUUUACAGCGUGGAUGGCCAAGUUUACAGAUGCUCCAAGAGCGACGAGAAGUGCGUUUUUCCCUUUGAAGAAGACGGAGAAACGUAUAAUGAAUGCAAAGGUGGAUGGGGCGGCCAUUGGUGCCAUACAGACGGGUCGCAUGGAUGGGCCUACUGUGAUAUCUGUCCAGAAGAUUUAACUUCGACCACCACAACGACUAGUACAACUACUGCGAGCACAACCAAGUCCCCUACCACCACACCAACCACGGUUAGCACCACCACAACCAAGGCCUCAACCACCACAUCGACUACGAUCAGCACCACUACAACGGUACCCUCCACAACCACUACUAUACCAAGUACUACAACUACUAUAUCGUCUACUUCUACUACCUCUACUUCGGCCUCAACACAAACUGAUGCCCUAAAAUUGGCCGGUGGACUGGAAUCGAUCUCAGAGGGAGACCAAAGCACGGAAUCGCCGGAAAUUGAAGAUGGAAAUGUCGCAGCUACAGAGCAGGAAUUACCCGUCGACGAUGACGACAGUACGACGCAAGGCUCAGCUGAGAAUGACAAGAGUUCGACUACUGAGGAAAUAGCAGAAGACAAAGUCAUCAAUGAUGAAUCGCUGAUGGAUAUACAACUUCAGGCAACAACAGUGCAGGAAUUACUAACUUAUGAUGAAGACAGUUCGACACAAGGUUAUGUUGAGAGUUCAACUACUGGGCAGAUAGAAGAACGCAAAGUUAUCGGGGACAUAUUAGAGAUGGAUAUACAACUUCAGACAACAACAGUGCAGGAAUUACUAACUUAUGAUGAAGACAGUUCGACACAAGGAUAUGUUGAGAGUUCAACUACUGGGCAGAUAGAAGAACGUAAAGUUAUCGGGGACAUAUUAGUGAUUUCUGAAGAUACAAAAACUGACGAUGUCUCAACCACUACUGUUGUUACUAAAGCACCAGCGAAAGCCUGCACUUACCGCGGCAACACUUGCAAAUUUCCGUUUGAAUAUGAAGGCGUAGUGUACAACGAAUGUGUGGGUCACGUGAUGAAGCGAUUUGGCUGGUGUUAUAUUGAUGAUAAGCAAGAAGAAUACGAUGACUGCUACCCGUGCAAAGAAGAAACUACUUCGACUUCAACUACUACGAAAUCAACCUUAGCAUCGACGUCUUCUGUUGCUGUGCCAAAAGGGAGGGCACCAGAGAGCAAAGAAGACGUGCCCACAACAGAAAACCAAAUCACCACAACUACAGAUUCAGAAGAACAGCCUCUGAGUUCCCCAGAAACAGAGAAAUCCUCUACGAGUAAGGAAACAACAACGAAAAAUGGAGUUCAGGGUGUGUCUGGUGAAGCAACGGCUGAAGCUGUAAGAGACGGUCAAGAAACAAGCGAACCGACUGAAGAAGAUCUGUCGGGUCCUGGAACCGUCGCCAUCAUUGUAGUUGUCCUGAGUAUACUAGCGUUACUAGUCAUACUGGGCCUCAUUGUGCUCUACGUCAGAAAAUUGAGAAGAUCUAAGAAUGCCGAUGACACAGAGAAGAAUGGAAACGUUGGCGAAUCUGGUGAAGGAUUAUUGAGUCACAAUAAGAACGGAAAUCACAAGGCCGUGAACGACGGGAACAGUCAAGAAAUGCAACCUUUGAAGAAACAGAAUGGGGAUUGUGAUGUCAUCAAUGAGAAGAUGAACGGGACGACGACAGUUAUUGCUUAACGGAAGUUCGGAAAAUUUGAACGAAAAACUUGGAUGAGGGGGUUAUUUAUAAAACUGAAGCAUAUUUUAUCAGUUUGAAGGAUUUCCAUGACAUAAUUGAUGAGAAAAGGAUU